UGCUUCUUUAACCCUAUUAUUCAACUCAGCCAGAAAAGAAAGCUUCCCUCUCCCUCCUCCGUCUAAGCGUGAGCGAAUGCAGGUGUAGAGAUCAUCAACUCCGACGCGAUUGGAUUACGAUAAGUUAACUAGUCUUCUGGAUCUGUUUGUUUGAGAUUUUUUUUUUUCGACGAAGAAUUAUGGCUGGUUCGCCGGAAUUCGUUGAGUUUGCUGGACUUAGGGCAGCGAGGUUCCCGGAGAAGUCCGGUUUCUCUCAGACUUGUAGUCUGUUGAGUCAGUACAUAAAGGAGAAUGGCAGUUUUGGAGAUCUCAGUCUUGGGAUGACAUGCAGCAGUGAAGGAAAUGGGACGCCGGAGGUGCGCCAGGCGGCAACAACAAUGAAUUUGUUUCCAGUAAAUGAGAGAAUAGAUUAUGUUUCUAGCAGAAACAGGGCUACUCCUCGGACAAAUUUUAUAUCCAUGGAUUUGUUCCCUCAACAAGCUGGUUUUGCUCCCUCUGUUCCCAAGGAAGAUGUGCAAAAGAGCCUAGACUCGAGUUUUAGCAAGGCUGCGUCUCCAGAGCCUCAAAAUGCUCAAAUGACUAUUUUCUAUGGUGGACAAGUAAUCGUGUUCAACGAUUUUCCCGCUGAUAAAGCUAAGGAGGUUAUGCUCUUGGCUGGCAAAGGAAGCUCCCAGAGCCUCACCGGGUUUCUUCCUUCAGUUCCAGUCAAAAGUCAUCCUGUUUUUGCUCCUAAUGUUGCUAAAACCCCAGAAUCCAUCAGUUCAGUUCCUCCUAGCUCGAAUGCUGUUCCUAAUUUUGGCAAUAAUUUAAUUCAGGACCGCAUGCAACCUCCCACUCAAGCCAUUGCUAGUGAUCUACCAAUUGCAAGGAGAGCAUCCCUUCACCGGUUUUUGGAGAAGAGGAAAGAUAGGAUCACUGCAAGAGCUCCGUAUCAAACAAUUGGCUUCUCGGGCUCUCCAUCGAAGCCAGCUGCAAGCAAGUGGCUGCUCAAUCUUGGCCAGUAGAACGGUUUCUAAUCACAUUGAGUAAUUAGGCUUUUUCUUUUUAAACAUAUCAUUUAGGUCCUUUCUAUCUUGAUUUUUGUGGCGGUUAUUGAAUCCCGUCGUUUCCUUUUGGUUGUUUUAAGGAAAGGCUUUACUCAGGCCACCACAGACCUGACUUUUUUAAAAAAAAAAAAAAAAAAAAAAUCAAUCUUGCAAUUGUUAUUUCAUUCAUGUAAUUAACUUCAUUCAUAAAAAAUAAUACAAGUAGAAGAUAAUAUUGAAUGUAUUGAUUAUUCAAUA